AUGCCCUCUAGAGAAUUCGACUACGACGCUGUUUGCGACUCUAUCCGCCGUAUUCUUAACCAACCUGGCUACGAUAAUUACGACGAGGAUGUCAAACAUACCGCUGGCCCAGUGCUCGUUCGAUUAGCCUGGCAUGCUGCCGGGACCUAUGAUAAGGAGACUGAUACGGGUGGCUCAGAUGGUGCCGGAAUGAGAUACGAGGCCGAAGGUGGGGACCCCGCUAACGCAGGACUUCAACAUGCCCGAGUAUUUCUAGAACCUGUCAAGAAGGAACACCCUUGGAUUACCUACGCUGAUCUGUGGACACUAGCCGGUGUGGUAGCGGUAAAGGAGAUGGGCGGGCCCCAAGUACACUGGAAGCCUGGCCGAACGGACUUCAUGGAUGACUCCAAGUGCCCACCUAGAGGUCGACUUCCUGAUGCCUCCUUGGCACAUGACCAUCUUCGCCAAGUCUUUUAUCGUAUGGGGUUCAAUGAUCGCGAGAUUGUCGCCUUGUCCGGAGCCCAUAACUUGGGCAAAUGCCACACGGACCGAUCAGGCUACGAAGGCCCUUGGGUGAACAAUCCCACAAGAUUCAGCAACCAAUACUUCAAGCUCCUCAAGAAAUUAGAGUGGAAGCCCAAGAAGUGGGGUGGACCACUGCAAUUUGUGAAUUCGGACUUUGGCGAAGAGUUGAUGAUGCUACCUACCGAUCGCGCUUUGGUUUCCGAUCCGUCGUUCAGUCAGUGGGUCGACAAAUACGCCGAGGAUCGAGACCUCUUUUUCUCCGACUUUGCCGAUGCCUUUUCCAAGCUGCUUGAGCUUGGUGUCAAGAGAGAUCAGCACUCUUACAAACCAGCCGGCAAGAAAUCCGAUCAGCCUGGGGCCCCCGGUUCCAGUGCUCAGGAUGCUGAAGCCGAGCCCGUCAGACGGGGUAAUAUCGCCACGGGCAAGACCAAGUUGUGA